AUGUUACAAUAUCAAAUUCUUUGGCUUGACGUAAAUUCAUCAGAUCCAAUGAGCAGUUUUCGUACUAAACUUGGUGAUGUACAGACAUUCACAGAUGUAAACAGUUGCAUUCAAUAUGUUCAAUCUCAUCCGAAUGAACCCAUUUAUCUCAUUGUUUCGGGUUCGUUGGCUAAAGAAGUCGUGCCAGAAAUCUACGAGUCUUCAAAUAUUCUACAGAUCUUUCUUUUCUGUGGAUCAGUCUCUGCUUAUACGGAAUGGGCAAUGGAUUAUUGUGAUAAAGUGAUGAUAUUUGAUCAUGGUGACGAUCUUCUAGAACGAUUAUGGAAUGAUAUACAGAGCAGAUUACGCGAGCAAGCAACAUUAUGUUUAAAACGUGCAGAAGAAUAUAAACAAAGAGCUUUACAAUGUAAGAAGCCAUGUGGUUAA